CACAGGAAAUAGAAUUCAAGAGUCGGGUGAAAAAACACUAGGGACGCAGGAGGGGCAAGUCUACUCCCGCGGUUACGUACGUUUUCCGGGAGUGUGCAGUGUGACUAUUUGGGGGCCUCCCUCGCCAGUUUCUUCUCCAGUGGAGGUAUUUUGCCCUUAGCCAGCUCUCAUCUCUUAUUUACAGAGUGUCCCCGGAACUAUGGCCGAAUACUCGUAUGUGAAGUCCACCAAACUCGUGCUCAAGGGAACCAAGGCUAAGAGUAAGAAAAAAAAGAACAAAGAGAAGAAGAGAAAAAGAGAAGAAGAUGAAGAAACUCAACUUGAUAUUGUUGGAAUCUGGUGGACAGUAACAAACUUUGGUGAAAUAUCAGGAACCAUAGCAAUUGAAAUGGAUAAAGGAACCUACAUACAUGCACUUGACAAUGGACUUUUUACACUGGGAGCUCCACAUAAAGAAGUUGAUGAGGGCCCUAGUCCUCCAGAGCAGUUUACAGCUGUCAAAUUGUCUGAUUCCAGAAUUGCCCUGAAAUCUGGCUAUGGAAAAUACCUUGGUAUUAAUUCAGAUGGACUUGUUGUGGGGCGUUCAGAUGCAAUUGGACCAAGAGAACAAUGGGAACCAGUCUUUCAAGAUGGAAAAAUGGCUUUAUUGGCUUCAAAUAGCUGCUUUAUUAGAUGCAAUGAAGCAGGUGAUAUAGAAGCAAAAAGUAAAACAGCAGGAGAAGAAGAAAUGAUAAAGAUUAGAUCCUGUGCUGAACGAGAAACUAAGAAAAAAGAUGAUAUUCCAGAAGAAGACAAAGGAAAUGUUAAACAGUGUGAAAUCAAUUACGUAAAGAAAUUUCAGAGCUUCCAAGACCACAAACUUAAAAUAAGUAAAGAAGACAGUAAAAUUCUCAAAAAGGCCCGGAAAGAUGGAUUUUUGCAUGAAACACUUCUGGACAGAUGCAUGGGAACUCCUGAUGAUGUGAUACUAGUGCAUAGUAUCUACUCCUCCUUAGGCAGGUCCCUUCAAGUUCACAGCAUGAAUGCCAGUAGCAAUGAGGACUACUAGCUAACUUUUUCCUGUUAGAAGAUAAGGACAACUGCUUCAAUCAUAGAGCAAAACCUUGAACUUCAAAAAAUGGCCUGUUGGAUUCAGGAGUCUAAAUGAUUAACGUUGGAGCCAAGCACUGUGGCAAGAAGGAUAGGGCAACCUUAAGGUUAGGCCAGCCAGGGCCCACGUCCAGAGAUCAGGAUACGGAUAUGGCUCAUCCAGAUCAUUUGGCUGCUGCAUACUGGAAGAGUGGAACUGAGGUUGGGGAAACAUCUACAAUAUUAAACCAGAGGUGAGAGUAUGGAAUAAUAAUCCAAACGUACUGAAAGCUUUCAAGACACCCAUCUGAUUUACCUUUUCCCUUCCAUCGUCAUUUUUCUCCACCACGAGGCUGAAAGCCCUGGGAAGGCAUGGCCAUCUGUUCACCAGUUACCCAGCACCGAGAGUAAGUGCUCAAAGGUAUUGUGAGAAUACGUGAAUUUAUCACAAACUUAGGAGAAACAACUGGCAGGAACAUUAAAUAGGGCUUAGGUAAAAGGGAACUAUAUAAGAAUAUGAAAUAAGAACAAAAAAAUUAGAGAUUAUUGGAUUUGAGCUCAAUUAAAUAAUUUUCAGGUCAGAAUCAUGUCUUAUCAAAGGAAGUGGAAGUAGGACAAAAGGACUUUUUUAAAGUGGCUCUUCAAACGCACGUGCCUGAGGUGUCAGAGAUUCAGUAAGACAUCAAAAGUAUUUCACAAAGAAAGAGGUAAGUGCCAAGUGAAAGAUAACUAAGAUAAUUAUUUUACUUUGACAUUAAGAAAGGACAAUUAUAUUCAAUGUGAGCUCUAAGUUUGUAGUUGUGUAACAGGAUGCCUUGAGCUGAAUGUAAUGAUUUAACAUGUUUUUCUAUAUACGAGUAAAACAUAAAGCAAGUAAAAUCCUUUAUAGUGUGAUAAAGUUACUGGAGGAAAAGUAUUGUGUAACAAUUUUGCAUGACCUCUGAUUUCCCAUUUUUCAUAUCUUUUAUUCUCUAGAGUCCUACCUGAAAAGAUGGACAAUAGUCUAAGUUUGGAAUCUCAGAUUAUGUUUUAAAGUAAGCCCUUUUUAAAAUUAAACAACUCACUGGUAAAUGCUUCCAGUAAAAGGUUUAUUUUUUGAACUGAAACAUUAUAUUUCUUGAAUUUUUGAAUAUUUACUUUUUUUAAAGCAAGCCAUACCUGUUCUGAGUAAUGUGGUGUUAGGUGCAGUAGAGUUCACUUAGGGUGGGGUGCUUAGAUUGCAAUGAUUUUAAAUCAAGGCUCCACCUCAGAAACCUAGGAAUGUUAGUAGGAGAUUUAAAAAGGUCCACAGCUUGCCAAGAACUUCAGCUAUUCUGAUAAACAGUUUGAUUACUGAUGCUGAGUCUUGCAUACUAAACAGGUUAUCCAAGUCUUAAACUUGAUGCUUGUUGUGAAGAUAGUAUUUGAAUCACCCUUCCCACCAACAUGGUUAUUUGUACAUUUAAAUGUCAUUUUCUGUGAAUAUGUCAGUAUGCCACAAAGCAUGGCAAAGUUUCCUAUGACCACAUGCUUCACCUUGACUUUCUGUACAUUUCUAAUACUUAAGAAUGGAGUAGGAAAAAUUAUAUAUGUGUAAGAAAAAAUGCAUAAAAUGGUAUAUUUUGGAAAAGUAGAUUUAAAUUUUUUAAUUUGAAAACAACAGUAUAUAAAAGGCCUUUGAAAGUUGAAUGCAAAAUUAUGUGAAAAUUGUGCCUAAGAAUAUUAUGCCAAAUGACAAUUUUCUUCUGCAUAAAGAAUGAUUUUGCUAGACCACUUAAUCACCAACAGACAUCCUCUUAUAGGGAAAAAAAAUAUGUUUGGUGACAUGUUUAAAGUGCCCUAAGUAGUAUUUAAAGUGAAUGAUCUUCAAACCAAAUAGCUAUUUAGAUACUAAAAGAUGGGAAUCCUCUACAUCUGCACACUGAUUUUAAGGUCCAAGAUAAUUCAAUAUAUUCACAGAAUGAAGCCCUUUAAAAUGGCUGGUAAUGGCCUAUGUAAUCUGCCUUACUCCCCUUUCCCCUGGGACUUUAUCUACUUCUCUUCCCUCUUUUACUUCUGCUCUACCUACACUGACUUCCUUGCUAUAGGCAAACAUGCCAGGCAUUCUCUUUUUUUAAACCUUUGUCCCAACUGCUCCCUCUGCCUGGAACACUUCCUUAGACAUCCUCCAGGAGAGCUCCCUCACCUGCCUCAAAUCUCUGCUCAGACUUCACUUUCUUAGUAAUGCCACUCCUGUCCAUCUUAUUUAACAUUGUGACUCUCCCCACUCUUGAUUCCCCCUUACAUUUUCUACAUUUCUCACCUUGUAACAUUCUAUAUAAAUUUUCUUAUGUAUUGUGUUUAUUGUCCAUUUCUCAUCUAGACUGUAAGCCUCAUGAGAGAAGGACCUUCUGUCUUUUUUGUUGCCUGCUUAACCCCAGUCAGUGAAGAAAUGCAUGGUACAUUGUAGGCUGACCGUAUUUCUUGAAUUAAUGAACAUUUCUGUGGUCUGCUUGCUUCCUGUUCAAUCAGGAACCACUUUAAUCAUGUGAGAUGUCUCAAAGUCAAAUUUCCUCAAAGAGAGGGUGAAAAUGAGCAAAGAAAAUCCCAUUUAAAAUGGCGUUAGGAAGCCCUGAAGAGGGACUUCUCACACACUACCACUUACCACCUUUUACGGACUCCAGUAGGAAAAAGCUUUACCUGUACCUUCCACAAUAGGAAGUAGCUUACUUUACUGCCCCACUACUAGAAAGGAAGAUUUCCUACUGUCCCAGCAACAACUCAGCCAAUAAGAAGUCACCACAAGGGAACUCCUGCUCUCCUCCAAUGGACUCCAGAUCCAAACAGCUUCCAACUUCCCCCUUUACUCUCUAAAAACAAGCCCCUCCUUUUUGUUCUCCCAACUUGCCUAGGGUUUUGCAGUUUGAAUGUCCUAAAUUGCAAUUACUCUGCUAUUCUAAACAAACUUAUUUUGCUGGCAAAUUAACUGGCUAUCUUAAGGUUGACAAGAAGAUUGUUACCUACCCCCCAAUAAAAUUUUCAUUUCCCAAUCUCCAGCAAAAAGAUUGAUUUUUAUAAGGAAGUAAUAGAAAUGGGUAAAAUUAUAAUUUCAAACACACAAGAAAAAAUAAAUAAAUGAAGAUUUUGGUGAUAGUAUGCUAAGUUUCAUCAAGCAUUAAAACUGCUGGUUCGGAUG